AUGGAUACAUCUAAUAUGUAAAAAUUAUCAUAAAUAUAAUAGACCAGCAGCUGGAUCUAGACCAACUAAAUAAACAUUUGAUUAAGCUCCUGUUAUAAGAUAAGUGUAAACAAUUCCUUAAUAUUAAGAAUCUAAAAUAAAUCUGAUAUUUUUGGACUCAAUUCUCCUGCUCCUGUUCAAUAACCAUCAAGACAGAGCGCUCGUCCAAAAACAGAUAUAUUUAGUACAGAAUCUUAAACAAUUAAACAAUAAGAAGUAAAACAUAAUAAUAUACAAGGUUCGAUAAAAUAAAACUUUUUAAUCUCAAAUUUUCUCAUCAGAACCAAUUUAAGAUGUUCCUCCACCUGCUAGAAAUAAUUAAACUUUUGAAACUUCUAAAUAAGAUGUUAAAAGAUUUUAGAAAAAAAAUAAUGAUAAUAGAUAAGUUGAUCAUGGAAAAGAAUUCCUUUUUGGUAAAAGUGGUAAAUUAAAUUAAAUAUUAUGAGAUUUUGAUGAAUAUAAAUCAUUAAAAAGAGCAGUAACAUUAAAUGAAUUCAAACCAAAACUUAAUUAUGAUCCUAAUAAUAGAAGAAAUAAAGAACUUUAUGGAAAUGAAAUUGCUAGAGAACAUCUUCCAACUAAAGAAGUUAAUCUAGAAGUUUCCAGUCCUUAAAAAUCUAAAAAAUCAUAAUAAUAAUAACAAUAAGAUCAAAAUCCAAGUAAUAGAAAACUAAUGGAAAAUUAAUCUAAUGUUUUUGGUGAUAGUCCAAGGUAAGUGUUAAUGAAUUAUAUUUAGCAAACCAAUUUAAGGCUAAAAGGUUGAAAAAUUAACAGCUUCAACAUAAAAAUGGAGUACUGUAGGAGGAUAGAGUAAUAAUUAAGUAAAAGAAUUUGAUCCUGAAACAUAUGCAAAAAAUAGAAAGGAAGCUGAAUUAUAAUCUAGUGUAUUUGGUGAAUAGUCUGUUAAAAUUUAAUCUGUCUCAAUUUCAGAAUCAAAAGAGGAAUCUGAAACUCAAUAAUGUAAAAUAUUAAUAUUUAUUUUAGCUUAAUCAUAAUAUGAAUAAUCUUAAAAAUAACAAAAACCUAAAGAAAGAUUAAUUCCAAAUAAUUAAACCUGGUAAUAAACUGAUUCUGUUAAAAAUAUGAGAGAUUUUGAUCCAACCUAAUCGUAAGUAAAGGAUGAAAUAGAUCCAUCAUAAAAAAAAAUGAAUAUUCUUAAAUCAUCUAUGGAUACUCAUUAAUUUGAACCAUAAUAAAUUCCAGUAAAUUAAAAAAUAUCAAAUAAAAGUCUUAAAGUAAUAAUAAUUUAUUAAAUUAUAGUAAAAAAAAGACAUUAUUUAAAGAGAAGAAAAAAUAAAUAAAGAAAAAUCAACAAAAACAUAAAAAAAGUGA